AUGUCCAAAAUUCCCUCCACUUUUCUUCUACAUUUCAUCCAUAAACGUUUUCUCAAUGCCAUUUCUACUUCUACAUUGCCUUUGCCCUCUGUUUCUACCAUCCAAUUCCUCACUAAUUCAUGUGCCCUUUCUUCAGAAUCUCCUACUUCCAAAGGUCGAAAGCUCCAGUUCGAUGAAAAACACAUCCAGCAGUACGAAGCCACUAUCGGUUUCUUGAAAUCACAUGGAUUCGAGAAUUCACAGAUUGCCAAGUUGGUCUCUAGGAAACCUCAGAUUCUUCAAUGCAAAGUACCAAACAAUCUGCAGCCUAAAUUUGAGUUCCUCCAGGAAAUCGGAUUUAUCGGUCCUUUACUUCCUAAGCUAAUUGCAUCAAACCCUUUCAUUCUUCUCAGGAGCUUGGAUUCUCAUUUGAAACCAUCCUUUUUUUUCUUGAAGGAAAUUCUUGGAUCGGAUGAACAAGUAACUGUUGCUAUUUCUCGUUCUACAAGACUUCUAACCUUUGAUUUUAAGGGUAUCUUAAAACCUAACGUUGAUUUUUUGGUCAGCGAAGGAGUGCCUUCUAGGAAUAUAGCUAAACUGUUUGCAUUGCAGCCUCUAGCUCUUAUGAAAAAGGUUGAUAGAAUGAUUAAUGCAGUGAAAGUGGUUAAAGAAAUAGGCUUUGAACCAAAGGCUCGCAUGUUUGUUUAUGCAGUUCUAACAAGGCUUUCAUUGAGUGAUUCAAACUGGAAGAAGAAAAUAGAUAUUUUGAAGAGUUUGGGAUGGUCUGAGAAUGAGAUUUUUACAGCGUUUAAGAAAUAUCCACUUUUCAUAGGUUGUUCAGAGGAGAAAAUGAGGGAUGUUGCAGAUUUCUGUCUCAACACUUCAAAGUUGGAUCCAGGAACUCUAAUUACUUACCCUGUGUUCUUCAAAUCUUCAGUCGACAAGAAGCUCCGACCGAGGUACAAAGUUAUUGAGGUUUUGAAGGUGAAAAAUCUCCUUAAGAACAAAAAGAUUGCUUCCCUAUUUGUGAAAGGGGAGAGAGAAUUUGUGGAGAAAUAUGUUGUUAAGCAUUUGAAUGAAAUCCCAAAUCUGAUGGACAUAUACAGGGGCAAUGUGGAAGCAGAAGCCGAAACCAAAAGUGUUGUAUAG